AUGUCCACAUUCGUCAACUCUGCUGUUGUGAGAGACGUGCACACCGUCUCUGGUCCUAGUGUAGAAGCGUGCUUUCUUGCCUUCCACAAAGCUUACACAAGAGAGUAUCUGGAUCCGACCGUAAAGCCCUUACCCUACUGCACGGUAGACCUGGAUUCACCUACAACAGAUGCGAAGGAGGCUCUGAGUAAAGUAGGUUAUCCUGCCUUUAUGAAGCCAGCAACUGGAUGUUCAUCAUUUGGGGUUAAGAAGGUUUACAGCUAUGAAGAAGUGAACAAUGUGCUUGACAAUCUCCGGAAAAUGAAAGAUGAACAGCCCAAGUUCCUGACAGCUCCUUCUGCGUCCUUCUUCAAGACUUUCUACGAGAAAUAUCUCGAUGUUACAAAGUACCCACUUGCUCUUCGCGAUGUGGUGAUAAUAGAACCUUAUUUGGAGGCAGAGAAGCUGUACGUUGUUGACGGUUGUGUUGUCAACGGCAGCAUAGUGCACUGGGUGAUUACCGACACACUCCGUUUCGACGAGCAAGACGCUAGGUUCGUGUCGAUGAUCCUUCCAACCACCGCUGAUGACGAUUUGCAGAACAAGAUAUGGGAGUUCUAUGACGCCGUUAUGACAAGGAUGAUCCAGUUUGGUUUUGAUAACUCAUUUGCCAACAUUGAAGUUUUCAAGAUGAAAGACGGAGAGGUUAUGUGA